AUGACUGCUCCAUGGCCUUUUGUGGCUUGGGGAAUGGAUGUAAUUGGGCCAAUUGAACCAAAGGCCUCGAAUAGACAUAGGUUCAUCUUAGUAGCCAUUGAUUAUUUCACGAAAUAUGUCACGGAUAAUGCUGUGAAUCUCAAUAGCCAUCUGAUGCAAGAAGUGUGCCAGCAAUUUAAGAUUAUGCAUCGAAAUUCAACUCCUUAUCGUCCAAAGGCAAAUAGAGCUGUAGAAGCUGCCAACAAGAACUUAAAGAAAAUACUCCAUAAGAUGGUGCAGGGUUUCCGACAACGGCAUGAAAAGUUACCUUUUGCUUUGUUGGGUUAUCGUACUACUGUUCGGACUUCAAUUGGUGCAACUCCUUACUUGUUAGUGUAUGGAACUGAAGUAUUUAUACCUGGAGAGAUUGAAAUUCCAUAUCUUCGAUUAGUUGUAGAAGCAGAAAUUGAUGAGGACCAAUGGGUCAAGACUCGUUUAGAGCAAUUAAGCUUAAUAGAUGAAAAAAGAUUGACGUCAGUAUGUCAUUGA